AUGACCCAGCGAGUUCACCUGGGUGGCACGACACCUCAUGACCUGAGCGUCUACGGAAGCUUCACUAGAGGGAUAUAUCGCGAUGUGUAUCCAACAAUAGAUCCGGCGCGGACAGAUCUAUCACAAAAAGGCAAGGUUAUCAUGGUAACGGGAGCAUCGAAAGGUAUAGGGAGAGAUGCUCUCGCGCCGGUCUUUGCCGUUGCAGGAGCUCGUGCGAUCAUCAUUACGGCUCGCAAAUCAGCCAACCUCGUGGACACCACGGCCAAAAUUAAAAGCAUCAAUCCCUCUGUCGAGGUGCUACCCCUAGACCUUGACAUAAGCCGAGAAUCUUCUAUAGCUCAGGCCUUCAAGACCAUAUCAGAGCACUAUCCAGAAGGUGUAGAUGUUCUCGUCAGCAACGCAGUUUCGAAGACCGCUGCCGAUCAGUGGAUUGCUACCUGCGACGUCGAGAAAUGGUGGGAUAAUGACCUGACAACCAACAUCCGCGGAUCUCUACUGCUGACAAAAUAUUUCUUGAACCAACCUACGACGUCUCCUGAAAAGCCCGUCAGAAGAAAGAUCGUCUAUGUCAGUUCAGGCAUAAGCUAUAUUGUCAACCCGGGUCAAUCUGCAUAUUCAUUCUCUAAGCUUAUCAUCAACCAGCUGGCUGCGUACGCGCAUGCAGAGAGCAACGACGAGGUCCAGGUGCAAGCCGUCGCGGUUCAUCCAGGAAUCUUCGUCACAGAUAUCCUCGAGGAUAUAUACCGCUACUAUGCUGUGGACACGAACGAACUGGCGGGAGGGGUCAUCAACUGGGCUGCCAGCGACCAAGCUCAAUUCAUGAGCGGAAGAUACACUACGGCAAAUUGGGAUGUGAACGAGAUCUUGGAACGAAAACAAGAGAUACUCGACAAAAAUCUUUUGACGACUAAACUAGGCGGCGUUGAGGAUGGAGGGUAUGUGGCAAAGGUACUGGGAUGA